AUGAACUGUCAUGUAUUCAGAACACUACCAGCAAAAUUUUUAUCUCAUUCGGGUCACAUAGCGAUUGCAAAGACGUUUGGAAUAAACUGUUCAUAUGACCGUUUGACUGGGGAGUGCUGUAAUUUCCCUUCCAGCACUACUUGUGCACUAUCCCAUUUACAAACUAUGCUGGGGAAUUCAGGAUUACAAAGCACUAUGAAUAUUGGAGAUCUUCGGAGCGUUUCACGACGAAGUUCCGAAAUAUAUCAAAGUUCAGCUGAUAUUUCUUCGACAGAAUUUCAUACGAAAUCAAAUUCAAUAGCAAUAAGUUUCCAGGAUCCAAACCAUCAUGCUAAUCAGCCUAAAAGAUCCCGUAAUUCUCUUCCUGAACCAAUAAAUCCGAACUUGAUCUCAAAGUUUUUAAAGGCCACUUCAUCUUUAAGUUCACGAAUUGUGAGUUCAAAGAAUUCUUUGGAAACGGUAAAAACGAAUUGUGAUGAACAGCUACCAAAAAUCAGUUGUUUUAGUUCUACUACUGAAAUUGAAGAUACUGAAAAUAUAGAGCCACCUAAUGAUCCGUCAAGUACGUCAUCAAAUCCAAUGUCCUGGGCGAAAGAUUUUGAUAAUCUUCUGAAUGACCCUGUCGGUUGCAGUGAAUUUAGGAAAUUUCUGAUAACAGAAUUCAGCAGUGAAAAUCUUGAUUUUUUGCUUUCAGUCCGUAGUUGGCGUCAUUCCUUUGAAACCGGGAAUGUGAAAAAGAAAGCAAAUGAGAUAUUUAGUCAAUUCUUGGUUUCUGAUGCUCCUCAAGCUGUAAACAUAGAUCAUUUAGCUAUGAAAUCUGCCUCAUCUUGUUUAUCACAUCCUCAUGUAGAUAUGUUCUUAGAAGCUGAAAAUCAGGUAUAUACAUUAAUGAGAACCGAUUCAUUCCCACGAUUCUUAGAGUCUUCAAACUAUUCAUCAAUAAUAAAUAAUUUCAAUGUAAAUAAAUCUUCCCGAAAAUCAACUGUGCUAAAUCAAUCUAAAAGUUUUAAGAACAAGGCAGAUGUUUCUCUAGAUAGAAUGUCUUCAAAGAUAUUAACAACUAUUAACCGACCUGGCAAAGACGAUGGUAAAUUGAUAUCAUCGCAAGUAAAAAGUUGUAAACAUGGCAGUUCUCAAGUGAACAAAAGUAAAAUUGUAGUCAUGCAUAGAAGUGAUAAAACUGCUACUCCUAGUGCUGAGAUCAAAGACAAAUUGAAUAAGGAAUUUAAUAAUAAUAGUUUCAAGUCAAAUUUAAUAAGAUUAAAAAGUAUGAACGUGAUCUCACGCAGUUCUAGGGUGGCCAACAGUCCAUGUUCAAUUUUAAGCGAAUCUUCAAAACAAAGGAUGGGGAUAUUUCUUAUAGUGUCGGCCAGUUCCACAGGUUACAUUCCAAAUAGAUCUCAAGUUCUUCCUCCAUUAAGAGGAAGCUUUCCGUUAGAUCAUCAUGGCGUAUGUAAAGUUGCUAUGUUGGAAUGGACUCAAUGUAUGAAAAAGAAUCAUUGGAAUAAUUCUUUAUGUAGAUCUGAAGCGGCCGGUUAUUUGCGUUGUCGAGCAGAGAACAAUUUAAUGGAUCCUGAUGAAAUCUCCUUGCUUGGAUUCACUGAAGAAGAAUGGAAUCAAACUAAUAAACAUUUCGAUAGUAAAACGUAA